GCCGCAGUUUCCGACAGGCGGAUGGUGCUGCCCUAACCUGGCCUCUCAGACUUUUAAAAGUAGGUCUAGGCGGAGCUCCUCUCCAGCUCCCCGCCGACAGGGACCCAAACUGAGGAAAUCCAAUUCGUCUGCGGAGGCCGUGGGAGUCGUGGGCUCCCGACUCGGAUCUGCGGGUAGUUCGCUGCAUGCCGGUCCCUGCAGGAGUUAUCUGUAGAGUAGUAAGUAUGCUAAUAGUCAGGAAGACAGCAGGAGUUUUUGCCAAACCACCAAAGAGGAACGUUUAUGGGUUUUUGAGAAGUCUUCGUGUUUGUCCUGGAGUUCUUUCUCCUCCUAAGCUGGUCCUGGGGAUCGAAACCAGCUGUGACGACACAGCCGCUGCCGUGGUGGACGACACGGGACGCGUGUGGGGAGAAGCCAUCCAUUCCCAGACCGAAGUGCAUUUGAAAACAGGUGGAAUUGUUCCUCCAGUAGCUCAACAGCUUCACAGAGAAAAUAUUGAGCGAGUAGUAGAAGAAGCCCUUUCUGCCAGCAGAGUCUCGGCACGUGACCUCUCAGCGAUCGCAACCACCGUCAAACCGGGACUGGCUCUAAGCUUGGGCGUAGGCUUAUCGUUCAGCCUACAGCUAGUAAACCAGUUUAAAAAGCCCUUCAUUCCUAUUCACCAUAUGGAGGCUCAUGCACUUACCAUCAGACUGAUCAACAACGUAGAAUUUCCUUUUCUAGUUCUUUUGAUUUCUGGAGGUCACUGCCUGCUGGCCUUAGUCCGCGGUGUUUCAGACUUCCUGCUUCUUGGACAGUCUUUGGACAUAGCGCCAGGUGACAUGCUCGACAAGAUAGGAUUCCUCUCUGUAACCCAUACUGGAGUCAAAACUCAUGGUGAUCCUCCUGCUUUAGCCUUGCAUGUGCCGGGAUUACAGGUGGCAAGAAGACUUUCUUUAAUCAAUCAUCCAGAAUAUUCUACGAUGAGUGGUGGGAAGGCUAUAGAACGUUUGGCCAAAGAAGGAAAUAGAUUCCAUUUUACCCUCAAUCCUCCCAUGCAGACUGCUAAGAACUGCAAUUUUUCUUUUACGGGACUUCAGCAUGUUAUCGAUAAACUAAUCGAACGGAAGGAGAAGGAAGAAGGCAUUGAGAAGGGGCAAAUCCUGUCUUCCGCCGCAGACAUUGCCGCUGCGGUGCAGCACGUGACCGCAUGCCACCUUGCCACGAGGACGCAUCGUGCUAUUCUGUUUUGCAAGCAGAGAGAGCUGUUACCGCCGGCGAACGCAGUAUUAGUUGUGUCUGGAGGUGUUGCAAGUAACCUGUAUAUCCGAAGAGCGCUGGAAAUUGUCGCAAAGGCAACACAAUGCACUUUGCUGUGCCCUCCUCCAAGACUGUGCACUGAUAAUGGCAUUAUGAUUGCGUGGAAUGGGAUUGAAAGAUUACGUGCCGGCCUGGGCAUUUUACAUGAGGUAGAAGACUUCCGGUAUGAACCAAAAUGUCCUCUUGGAGUAGACAUAUCCAAAGAAGUCGCAGAAGCUGCCAUAAAAGUCCCACAAUUAAAAAUGACAAUUUGAUUUGUGAUUUUUUUUAAAGGUCUUUACAGAUCUGGGUGAUGGAAAUCGAAUUAGCAGUUGCUGUCUACAAUUGGUGCCCAACAUGGGGCACGAACCCACGAUCCUGGGUAGGGAAAUGAGCGAGUAGUCUCUCUUUACAGAAGUGUACAUGAACUCACGUUCCCUAACCAACAAACUGUCUCCAACUGAUCAUCCACUUGCAAAGGAAAGGUGAUUUUUUCUACGGUGGAGUCUAACUGGCUCUAUUAACCACACUUGGGGAUAGGCUCUAUGCCCGGCAGUAGAUGGCCAACACAGAGUGAACUCAAUGGCAUUUUUGUAGACUUUUUGUCUCACAUUGCUUUGUUUGGGCAUUUUUGUUUGUUUUACUGGUCUUUUGCCUUUAUAAUGUGGUUCCAAUUUCGUGUUUGUAUGGGGUCUGUGGGUGUGUGUCUUUUAUGUUUUUUUUUAAAAUUCUAGUUUAUUGGGAGUGUUUGUCAUUUGCCUGUUUGUUCUCUAAAGAGAAAAAGAAAGAGUGUGGAGGUGACUGGGCAGGGAAGAUCUGAGAGGAGUGUGGAGAAGAGAAACCACUAUUUUAUUAAAAUUUAUUUCAACAAAAUAUAUUUUUUUAGAGUUGGCAGUGAUUCUUCAGGAGAAAUACUGUUGUCAUGAUAAUCUGGUUAUGCUAGUUUCUCAGAAAGUAUUUGUGAUUGUACACAAAAUAUCUUGAGCCCACCUGAAGCUACCUCAAGGCUUGGUUGUUCAUGAUCAGAGGCUUAAUAAUAACUAAAAGAGUUACCCUUAA